GAUGACAAAGUAUCUGGCAUGGAUGACUACCUUUCCAGUCGCCGCGCUCUGCGGCGAUAUUUUGUGGAGUGGAAUCUUCAAUAGUUCGGCUACAGGUCUUGGUCAAAUCAAAUUGCACCAUGGCAGUGGUAUAUUCAUGGCACAGGAUCCACGGAUGAAUAUUUGGGACUUGCGGAAGAAUAUAAAAACCCUGCGGAUACUAGUGAUGCUCAAGGAUGGAACUUCAUUCUGGAAUGGCCAGACAAUGGAACGUAGUGAGCUCAUCCCUCAGACAUCUGAGGACCUGGGGAGUGGACGUCUUUUCUACCAUUUUUCUUUGAUGACCAACACGACCAACGCUCCAAAUCCUGGAUUUGAACACCAGAUUGCCUUCUUCGAGAGCCACUUCACAGAGUUGAAGUACGGUCUUCUAAGCGGCGCAUCAGCCAGUGAGGACAACACCCUCCGAUGGUGUGUUAGUGGAACGACAAAGUGGUCCGCAGACCUAGAAGCUGGAAAUUGGUAUAAUUUCGCCUAUGACAUUGACUUUGAUUCACAGACGGUCGGGCUGUGGGCAUCAAAUGGGUCAGAUCCAUUGACCUCGGUGGUAGCGGGUGUAAGCGCAACAACAUCGACGAAUUCUGCAGACUGGCACAUUGGAGAACUACGGCUAGACAAUGGAGGAACGAACGCACAGGCAGAGGACUGGUAUUGGUCUGGUAUCUUUGUGGAGAACGCACCGAUUACCACUGCGAUUGCUGGACCACUGGCGGAGUAG